AUGGCUAGAAAGUGGCAAAAAAUAGCAGCCGCCAGCAGAAAGAGGAUCUCCUGGCCACGAUCAUUGGCUAACGAAGGUCACUUUGUUGUCUACACAACUGAUGGAAGACGGUUUAUGAUUCCUUUGAAAUAUCUCAAGACUGAGAUAUUCAUAGAACUCUUCAAAAUAGCCGAUGAAGAGUAUGGAGUAACAAGUGCUGGGCCUAUCACGCUACCUUGUGAUUCGGAAUUCAUGGAGUACAUGAUCUCUAUGGUCCAAAGACAUGUGACUGAGGACUUAGAGAAGGCAUUAAUCAUGUCCUUAGCUGCCUGCAAAUACUCAUCAUUGUCACUAGAAAAUCAAGAGCAAAUGAACCCACAUUUGUUGAUAUGUAGUUUCUAG